CCACCAUGGUUGGGACUUUCCCGCUUCUGUCAGUGCAGCCAACACGGGGGCUCGUGGAUGAGAAGAUCCAGGUAGUUGUGAGGAAUUUACCUCCAGCGCUCUCAGUGACGCUACAUUCCCUUCAUCGCUCUGAGGAUAAGGACCUUUGGGAGGCGUUCGGCCAUUACACCAGCGACGGCCAAGGCACGGUGACGGUUGCUAAGGAUGCCAGUCUUGGAGGAACAUAUGAAGGAGCAGAGCCCAUGGGUCUCCUGUGGAGUAUGCAGCCUGUUCCAGGCAGUCGGACAGGCCUCAGGUUGAGAAAGAUGGAUGUCCUCACUCCUAUGGUGGUACACAUCUCUGUGUACAGUGGGCACAUGACUGAGGGCUUCAGCAAGCAGUCUCCCCUAGCGACCGUUUUCACAGAACGAUGGUACAUGGCACCGGGUGUGUGCAGAAUUGACAUCAGGGAACAUGGAGUCCGAGGGACCCUCUUUUUACCCCCAGGUCCUGGACCCUUCCCUGGGGUGUUGGAUAUGUGGGGAGGGGGUGGGGGGCUGGUGGAGUACCGCUCCUGCCUCCUGGCGUCACAGGGUUUUGUUUCCAUGGCGCUAGAGUACCUUUCCCAUGACAAGAACAGAACCUCAGACAUCGACUUUAAAACCUACUUUGAGAAAGCGUUCAGGAUUGUGCAGGAGCACCCCCUGGUGAUGAAGGACAGAGUUGCUCUGUUUGGGCUCUCCUUUGGGGUGUCAGUCGCCCUCACCUUGGUAGCCUACUCCAAAGUCAUCAGCCCCAGAUGCUGUGUGUGUAUCAGUGGGAGUCACGUCAACCCGGUCAACAAGGCUAUCGGUGAAGUGUUUAGAAAGAUGAAGGAGGAUGGGUAUAAGACCCAAUUUGAUGAAGAGGGCCGUGUGGUCUGGAGAGACAUCAUUCUGCCCAUCCCAACCGACCUUGGAGAGAAAGUGGAUAUGGGGAGGAUAAAGUGUCCAUUGAUGUUGGUCGUCGGGGAGGAUGAUCAGAACUGGGCCACAGUGGAGUCUGCCAAGGACAUGACCCAGAUGAUGCGUGCAGCGGGUAACGAGCACCUACUGACCAUUCUACAAUACCCUGAUGCUGGACACCUCAUUGAGCCGCCCUACACACCCCACUUCAGAGCCAGCAACUUCAUAGUGCCUCAAACACAACAGAAAGUGAUCAUGUUGUGGGGAGGGUACCCCAAGCCGCAUGCCGAUGCUCAGGAAGACUGUUGGGAAAAGAGCCUUAGCUUCCUACGGCAACACCUGUACCCCAGCCCUGACUCUGUCCCUAAGGCCAAGCUGUGAUGUCACACCCGAGGAGCAUCAAGGACCUAGUAUGAUUCACUAAGCUAUAACUGUUAAAAUACAUUAACACUUAAAAUAUGAUCAAGUCUAAGUCUUUGGGGGGGGGAGAUGGGAGGGUUCUACUAAGCUAACAUGGAAUUGUUUUGGUCAUACCAUAGAUAAUUUAACUAUUUGAUUUAGAAUUGUACGACUCCUUUAAGCCAGGUGUAUGUUACACGAUUUUGGCCCCGAUUUAGCUGUCCCAGACAAGUUUUUGAAAUUGUCGUUGCCUACUCGAGGCGUUUGGCCGUCACAACGCUCAUUUAAUGUGAGCAGGUCAGAUACGCAAUCUGAGGGCAAUCAAUGUUUGAUUUUAUCGGCACAAUCUGCAGUGCCAGUGAGAUGAUGAUAUUUCUCAUAACCCAGAAUGUGAGCUACUACUACUACUACUACUACUACAACAACUACUCCUAGUAUGAGUUUUUACUUGCCUUUAACCAAAGUGUCAAAUCGGUGCAACUCUGAAGUUCACAAGCAAUGUUAUUCAAUUCAAAAUGUUUGCUAGAUAUUUCGAGUCAGUAUGGCAAGCGUGAGUGUCUGACUGAAAACGUUUGAGGCUGCUUUGAGCCACAGCUCGUUGUAGCUAUGUUAACAAUCUAAUCACAUAAUUAUUUUCGCGAGACAGCGUGGUAUUGAGAAUCCUAACGACCAAGUGAAGAAUCUUGUAGUGAGUGACCCCUGUCUUUGCCAUGUCGUUUAGUGUGCGCACCACUACAUUGUCAAGACAAAAAAACGUCAGGAAAGAUGGUUGUUUAAUGUGAGAGGCUCAGCGAUGUUAGGAUUUGGAAAGUUGUGUAGUGUACAUCUGGUUUUAGGUAUUAUUUAAAAAAUGUAUUACUUAAAAUAUUGAGUUUGGCCUUUACUACUAUAACCCAUAGAAACGCAUUGAAUAACACAUUCAUAAAUGGCAAAAAAGACAGUCCAAAAAUGUAUCAUAAGGAAUACGAUUUUUUUGUGAGAAGACCAAUUUUCGAGAUGUCUCGGCCUGACAAACGCCUCAGAUGUGGAAUGUCUGUCACGUCCUGACCAGUAGAGGGAGUAUUUGUUAUUGUAGUUUGGUCAGGACGUGGCAGAGGGUAUUUGUUUUAUGUGGUCCGGGGGUUGUGUGUAUUGUAGAGGGGUGUUUUAUUUAUGUGUUCCAGGGUUUUGGGUGUAUGUUCUAGUUAUUGGUAUUCUACGGUUUUCUGGUUUGUGUAUUUCUUUGUUGUCUGUGUGGCUCUCGAUCAGGAACAGCUGUACUUCGUUGUUCCUGAUUGAGAGUCAUAUAUAAGGAGCUUGUUUUCACCUGGGGUUUUGUGGGUAGUUGUAUUUCGCACUGCUGUGAGUAUUAGCCUGUGAAACUGUCGGUCUGUCUUGUUCUUCGGUGUUCACAUUUAGUUAAUAAAAUAUAAUGAUUCACAUGCAACCCACUGUGCCUUGGUCCUCUCUACCCAACGACACCCGUGACAAUGUCGACAUAGGCGGGUGCGGUGGAUUGAGACACAGCCUAUGAAAAAAAAAAAUAACAUAUUUAAUCUUAAACUGACAGGAUUUUGGUGGAGAUUAUUAUUAUGUUACUUAGAUUGACGCACGGGUGCAUCAAUAUACUCUUAAGGAUUAAUAUGUGUGAAAAGACAGUCAUCAGACCAGUGGACACAGCUGUACAACAUAAAUUGAGGGCUGAUGAGUGUCCACAGUAAUGGGUCGGAGUCUCUCAUUCACUGAACUGCAUGAGUUUCAACCUGCCAAUAGUGUUAACACCUGUGCCUGAAACCUAACUGCCAUAGUACACAGAUGAUUGAUUCUAUUUUUUGAUUCAUUAGGAAAUGUGUUGUCUAUGAUGUUUAUAAUAAAUCAGAAGAAGAAUAUGAA